AUGGCCGUAUUCGGGAAAAUAGACGAGUUUAACCUUUAUGGCGAAAACUGGGACGAAUACGAGGAAAGAUUAAUGCAUUAUUUUAUUGCCAAUAAAAUCGACGACAAUGAUAUUAAAAGGUCCAUACUGUUGUCGGUGGUAGGUGCAAAGACCUACAGUUUGAUUAGGAAUUUGUCCUCGCCGGAAAAGCCGGGUGAUAAAUCCUUCGACGAUCUGAAAAAACUUAUCAAAGACCAUCUGAAACCAAAACCUCUGAUAAUUGCUGAACGAUUUAAGUUUCAUCAGAGAAAACAAGGAGAGGGAGAAGGUGUUAGUCAGUAUUUAGCAGAACUGAGAAAACUGAGUGAAAAUUGUGAAUUUAAAGAGUUUCUUGAUGAGGCACUUCGAGAUAGAUUUGUUUGUGGGUUAGCUGCACCAUCAAUUCAAAAGAAGCUACUGUCUGAAGAUAAAUUGACUUUGAAAAAGGCUGUUGAAAUUGCCGUGUCUAUGGAAAUGGCUGCGAAAGAGACUGUAAAACUUAAAACUGGUCCUGAAAUUGAAAUUAAACACAUAGCAAAUAAAUUUACGACUGGUCAAAAGGAGUGUUUUCGUUGUGGUAAAACAAAUCAUGAUUCAGACUCGUGUUUUCAUAAAAAAAGUCAGUGUCAUACAUGUAAACAAUAUGGUCAUUUAGGUAAACGGUGUCCUCAAAAACAGUCAAAAACUGGUAUGAAUUCAGCACAUCCAAAACCUAGUACAGCAAGGCCACAGCGUUCAGGUAAAUUUCCAUGGAAACCAAAGAAAAAUAAAUCCAAGGUACAAUAUUUUGAAAAUGCUGAAUCUGUUGCAUAUGAAUCCGAUGCUAGUAGUGUAGACGGUGACAGUCGAGAUUGGCCGUUAUUUACUAUUAAAUCUCCAAAACAGAAAGAAAUUGUAGUGAAUGUAGACAUUGAAGGCCAUUUUCAAAAAAUGGAACUUGACACUGGUGCUUCAGUUUCAAUACUUUCAGAGACUGAUUAUAAUCAACAUUUCAAUAACAUACCACUUAAAGAUAGUUCGGUUAUUCUGAAAACCUAUACCAAUGAAACAGUUCAGAUUUUGGGCGAAAUUAAUGUUAAUGUGUGCUACGGUAGUCAGAAAGCUAACUUGCCUCUAGUUGUUGUGAAAGGUUCCGGUCCAGCAUUGUUUGGAAGGAAUUGGCUGUCAAAACUCACUUUAGAUUGGGGAAAAAUCAAAUUUACAUUCACUGAUCGAGGACUGUCUGCAGUCAAUGAACUACUGAAAAAGUUUCCUGGUGUAUUUGACAAUAAAUGUGGUACUAUGCAAGGAGUCACUGUCAAGUUGUCAGUGAAGGAUGGUAGUAAUCCUGUAUUUUAUAAACCUAGGUCGGUGCCUUAUGCUCUUCGUGAUAAGGUCGCUGUUGAAAUUGAUCGUCUUGUUAAAGAAGGAAUAAUCGAAAAAAUUUCCUAUUCAGACUGGGCUACACCAAUAGUAGCUAUUCAAAAGCCUAACAAAACGGUAAGGAUCUGUGGGGAUUAUAAAGUCACGAUUAACCCAGUGUUAGAUGUUCCAGAAUAUCCCUUACCUACCGCAGAAGAUGUUUUCCAAAAAUUAAACGGGGGUGAAAAAUUCACAAAAUUGGACUUAUCUCAUGCAUAUCAACAGGUGUUGCUUGAUAAAUCAUCAAGGAAGUAUGUUACUAUUAAUACUCACCUGGGAUUGUUCCGGUAUCUCCGUCUACCAUAUGGCGUUGCGUCAGCUCCAGCAUUGUUCCAAGAGACAAUGGACAAAAUUUUGAAUGGGUUGGAGCAUGUAGGCUGCAUUCUGGAUGAUAUUAUUAUUACCGGGGUUGAUGACAAUGAACAUUUGCGUAAUUUGGAAGUCGUAUUACAGAGACUGAAUGAUAUGAAUAUAAAAUUAAACACUGCCAAAUGUUACUUCAUGCAAGAUGAAGUUGAAUAUUUUGCAUUCCGGGUAACGAAAGAGGGAAUCAGACCGUCUGAACGGAAAAUUGAAGCAGUUCUUCAGGUUCCUGAGCCUCAAAAUCGGAAAGAACUUCAACAAUGGCUCGGUUUAGUGAAUUACUACCGCAAAUUCAUUCCGAACAUGUCAACAAUUGUACAACCACUUACUGAAUUAUUGUGCAAAGAUGUGAAGUGGAAUUGGACUAAAUCAUGCAAACUGGCAUGUGAAACCGUGAAACAAUUAUUGACAUCAUCAACAGUACUGGUACAUUAUCAGCCGGAGAAAUCAGUAACAUUGGCUGUAGAUGCGUCUCCAUACGGGUUGGGAGCUGUAAUUUCUCACGAAAUGGAAGAUGGCUUAGAUAGACCUAUAGCAUAUGCUUCUAGAACAUUGACCACAUCUGAAAGAAAUUAUUCUCAAAUUGAGAAGGAAGCAUUGGCCAUCAUAUUUGGAAUUCAGAAAUUUCACCAGUUUCUGUAUGCUCGUAAAUUCAUACUUCUGACGGACAGUAAACCUUUGAGUCUAAUACUAGGACCUAAGAAAGGUAUUCCAGUUUUGGCAGCAUCACGAUUGCAAAGGUGGGCAAUUCAGUUGUCGGCAUAUCAGUACGAUAUCAGGUAUCGUUCAACAACCAAGAAUGGAAAUGCCGAUACCUUGUCGCGAUUCCCAUUACCUGAGACUACGGAAGAAUCAAACAAUGUGUUGUUUGUGGAAGGAAGUGAGGUGAAUAAGGAACAAGUAAAUUCUCUUCCAGUUACACCGGACAAAAUUGCAAAAGCAUCACGUGAUGAUCCUUUGUUGUCGCGGCUAAUACAUUUCACAGUGAAUGGAUGGCCUGCCAGAUCUGACUUAAGUGCAGAGUACUUACCAUAUUAUAAAUUCAAAGAUGAAUUUACUACUGAAGAGGGUUGUCUGUUAAGAGGAAUUCGAGUGGUUAUUCCAUCUGCAUUUCAAAACAGGAUGCUAGAACAACUCCAUGACAAUCAUCCAGGAAUUGUUAAGAUGAAAUCGUUAGCGAGAAUGCAUAUGUGGUGGUUAAACGUAGAUACUGACAUAGAGUGUAAAGUGAAAAACUGUGUUCCGUGUCAACAGAAUAGGAGUCCAAUGGCUAAAACACCUCCAAAUCCAUGGAGAUGGCCUGGCAAACCUUGGCAACGUAUUCAUAUAGACUAUGCUGGGCCGUUCAUGAACAAAAUGUAUUUGAUUGUUGUUGAUGCUCAUUCAAAAUGGCUGGAAGUGAUCACAAUGGCUUCUACAACCUCUGAAAGUACUAUAAACGCUUUGCGGUAUUUGUUUUCAUCAUACGGACUAGUGGAAGAAAUUGUGUCAGACAACGGUCCACAAUUUGUGUCGGCUGAAUUUCAGAACUUUGUCAAAAUGAAUGGUAUCAAACACAUUCGUUCCGCUGCAUAUCAUCCUAGCUCUAAUGGUGAAGCAGAACGAGCAGUACGUACAUUCAAGACUGUGUUAAAAACUAUGAGCAGUGAACCUGGAACAGUAAACCAGAAGGUUUCGCGAUUCUUGUUGUCGUAUCGUUCAACUCCACAUUCUACAACACAAGUUUCACCUGCUGAAUUGUUCCUAGGACGACGUGUUAGAACACGCCUAGAUAUCAUGCGUCCAGAUCUUAGUAAUAAAAUUCAGAAAAAGACUACUCCCAAGGAAUCUCAAAUUCGUACGUUUCAGGAGGGUGAUAGUGUUUGGAUCCGUGACUACCGACAAUCGACAGAGAAAUGGGUUGAUGGAAUUAUUGUCCAUCAGCUUGGUCCAGUCACUUACAAGGUCAAGGUCGGUGAUCUGAUUUGGAAACGACAUGUAGAUCAGAUACGUAUGCGAGAACCAGAAGUUAUUGUGGAUAAUCAGUGUUCGGUUACCAAUGGUGACUUCAGUUUACCAAUACCACUAACAUCGUUAAACGGAAAUCAAGCUUAUGAUGAAACUUCACCAGAUGCGUCCGCUGGAAUUUCAUCUGAAACAAGUGUUCGAACCCCGAUUCAGGCGAAAACUGUUGAAACUUCUAAAACAGCAAGUCCAGUAUUGGAAAGAUAUCCUAAACGUUUAACCAGAGGAUUUCCACCUAAGAGAUUGGAUUUAUAAUUCUGUGUAAAGUAACAUGGUAUGCACUGUUCUAAGGGCAUAAUAAUCCCUGUGCUACCAUAGAGAACCAGAUUCUCUCAUUUUAAGUUACAGAAUUUACAGUACAUUGUAUUUUAGUAUUCUAAUAACUGAUACAUAUGUGUUUCUUAAUUAUGAUAUAUAAUAAGUUUUCAGUUUAAAUCUUUACUCUUAAAAGUAUUAAGACACAUUCUUUUUUGGGUUACAUGUUAUAUAUGUGAUCUUUGAUGAACAGUUAAAUGACAUAGAACAUGAGUGUUUUUAAUUUUCAGUAGAAUUGCUUAUACCAAAGAACUUUUACUAUGGUUUAUAUGAAAAGACUUUAACUGCGGCUUGUUUAUUAAGUACUAAAUGACAAAUCAUUUUAUUUCCUAACGGGGGGAAAGGUGUAAUGUUCUGAGUCUGUUAGGUGUAUGUAUCUAAUUUAGGCUAUUGAAGUCAUACUGCAAUUAAUAGUGUAC